GUUAUCUGGACAACCAAAGGGCUUCGGGGCACCGGGGCUCCGUCCGAAAGCACAACACAGCUGGGCGCACAAGCGAUGACUCUAAAGGGAGACUGGUGCCAUUCAAGCAAACAGACAUAAUGCUAAAACCACUGCUGUUCGAAGUCCCCGGGGUCACUGCAGAAACGCCUUUCGUCGGCCGGGACUGGCUAUUUGCACGGCUGGAGGAGGUCUUGAGGAAAACGAGCACCUGCGAGGGCCGCGGCGCAGUCAUAGUGGGGAACGCCGGAUCGGGCAAGACCGCCAUCAUCUGGCGGCUUGUGACGCUCAGCUGCCACGGAAUGCGAACGCCGCAGGGAGCCGCCAGUGACCCCCACAGCCCCAAAUCCUCCCCUAAAUCUGGAGACAAGCAGGGAAAAGCAGCCUCCAACCAGAGCUCUGCUGCAGGAACAAGUGAUAAUGCAGGACAGAGGAAGGAGGCUGUGAGAUGCCUGGCUGCCAAGGUGGUAGCCUACCACUUCUGCCAGGCAGACAACACCUACACCUGCCUGGUCCCGGAGUUCGUCCACAGCGUCGCCGCCCUGCUGGCCAGAGCGCCUCAGCUUGCCCCGUACCGGGAACUCUUGGCACAGGAGCCACACCUGCAAAAUCAGCUUAGCUUGCGUUCCUGCGUUCAAGAUCCCAUCGCUGCCUUCAGGAAGGGCGUCCUCGAGCCUCUGGCCAGCUUGCGCAAAGAGCGAAGGCUACCCGAGGAGGACUACAUCAUACUGGUCGACAGUCUCAACGAAGCCGAGUUUCACAAGCCGGACUACGGGGACACAGUCGCCACCUUUAUCACCAAAAUCAUUUCCAAGUUUCCCCACUGGCUGAAGCUGGUGGUCACGGUCAGGACGGGGCUGGUGGAAAUCACCACACUCCUUCCCUUCGCUGGCAUUUCACUGGACAUCCUGCCAGACAGCAGCGAUUUGGGAGCUGACCUGAGCGACUACAUCCAUCACCGGGUCAGCGGCAGCAGCCAGAUUGCCACUAAUGUUACCACGCCGACAGGCUCGGCUCCUGAUCCUCUGCUCCUCAGCAAGUUCAGCAGCAACCUCUCGACCCGGAGCCACGGCUCCAUCCUCUAUCUCCAGCUGACUCUGGAUCUCUUCCACAAAGGUCAACUGGCUCUGAAAGGAGGAAACUACCUGGUUGUGCCCGUCUCCCUGUCAGAGGUGUACCUGCUGAUGUGUCGCGCGAGCUUUCCGGAUAAAGACGUCUUCGAGCAGGUCCUUCCGGUGCUAAAUGUGGCGCUGGCGUCUCUGCACCCACUGACUGAUGAACAAAUGUUCAGGGCACUGAACGCAGGCAGUGUGAAGGGGGAGCUGGAGUGGAACGACUUCCAGCAGAGAUUAGACAGUCUGGCUGGAUUCAUGGUCAGACGCAGGGAUGGCACGCGGAUGCUGUGCCAUCCCUCCUUCAGAGAGUGGCUGGUCUGGAGAGCAGAUGGAGAAAGCACAGAUUUUCUUUGUGACCCGAGGAGUGGCCACGCUCUGCUGGCUUUCAUGUUCUCCAGACAGGAGGGAAAGCUGAACCGUCAGCAGACCAUGGAACUGGGACACCACAUCCUCAAAGCCCACAUUUUCAAAGGUCUGAGUAAGAAGACUGGCGUGUCCUCCAGCGUUCUUCAGGCCAUGUGGGUAAACUGCAGCACAGACAGUCUGUCAGCUGCACUGGGCUCCCUGAGGAACCUGUACACCCCUAACAUCAAGGUAAGUCGUUUGCUGAUGCUCGGUGGGGCGAGUGUGACCUGGUGUACGGAGGUGAUAGGACACGCCCCCAUCCUGGCUGUUCAUGCCCACCUGGGUCAUGUGGAGAUGGUGGCUUUGCUGCUCGAAAUGGGUGCGCCUGUAGACGGGACCACUGGCAGCGGCAUGACGCCGCUUUGUCUGGCGGCUGCGGCGGGACACGCCGACAUCGUCAGCCUGCUCUGCAAGAAAGAAGCAAAGGUGGGACACGCCGAUAAGAGCGGCCAGUGUGCGCUGGUCCAUGCCGGCCUGAAAGGCCAUGCGGAAAUCACCGGCAUCUUGCUGGGCCAGGAUUGGGGCGCAGAUGUCCCUACCGAUCCGCAGCAGCAACACGGCAAUGAGACGACGAUUGGGAAAACACAGGCAGCCCAGCAAGCGGUGACGGCCGCGGCUAGUGUGGGACACACGCAGGUGGUGAAAAGCUUUCUGGACUUGAAAGAUGAACAGCUGGCAGUGCAGAUGGACGCUCACGACUCACUCUGGGGAGAAACGGUGCUGAGCGCGGCAGCGGGGAGAGGGCGGUUGGAGAUGUGUGUGUUUCUCCUGGAGCACGGAGCAGAGCUGGAGGUACCAAACCGCAGAGGCAUGGUCCCACUGCUCAGCGCCGCCAAGCACGGCCACACACAGGUUGCUGAGCUGCUUUUAAAGAAAGGUGCAGAUAUCAAUAUCAGCGACAAACAGGGUCGCACCGCAUUGAUCUUGGCCGCCUCCGAAGGACACGCCGCCACGGUUGAGCUCCUGCUGGCGAAGGGUGCCUCUCUGUCCUCUGCCGAUCAGGAGGGGCUGACGGCGGUUAGCUGGGCCUGCAUGAAGGGCCAGAAGGGCGUGGUGCAGCUCCUGGUGGAGGCGGGAGCAGAUCUGAACCAACCAGACCGGCAGGGACGAACUCCGCUCGACCUGGCCGCCCUCAACGGGGACGCAGAUACAGUGCACAGCCUGGUGGAGCACGGAGCGGUGCUGGAGCGGUCAGACAACGGCGGUACCAGAGGUUCGGAUCGACCGGUGGGCUGCCAGAACCCGGCUCUGGUUGCUUCACUGCUUAAGAAAGGAUCCAAAACAAGCUACAAAACCACUCCCCACGAUCGAUCAGGUCACGCUACGUGGGCCAUGGCUUCCUCCAAACCCGACAUUCUCCUCAUCCUGCUGCAGAAGCUGAUGGAGGAAGGAAACAUACUAUACAAGAAGGGGCGCAUGAAGGAAGCCGGCCAGCGCUACCAGUACGCUCUGAGGAAGCUCCCUCGCGAGGGCCAGGGAGACGAGCUGAAAGGACUCAAAGACCUGAGAGUCUCCCUCUAUCUGAACCUCUCGCGCUGCCGCAGAAAAACCAACGAUUUUGGCAUCGCUGAGGAUUUUGCGACUAAAGCUCUGGAACUGAAACCCCGGUCUUAUGAGGCUUAUUACGCCCGAGCGCGGGCCAAGAGGAGCAGCAGGCAGUUUGCUGCAGCGCUGGCAGACCUCCACGAAGCGGCACGGCUCUGCCCGUCCAACCGGGAGAUCCGCCGCCUGCUGGUGCGAGUAGAGGAAGAAUGCAAACAUCAUCAGAAGAGUUGGCAACAACGCGGUGCCGGGUUACAACAGGGACCCCCACGCCCACCAUCACCAACCCACAGAGGAGGAAGCAGACGUCUAUUCACAGGGAAGCCUGGAGAGGCCGAUCCCAGCAGACCAGCUCAAUCCGGAGAGGGAGGAGGACCGGGAGGAAGGGGACGAGGUGGGUCUCCACUGUGGGAAGAGUCCGGAGUUCUGGCCUCUGAAUCCAUACGGUCCUAACCGGACGCUCCCCGGAGGCGUGACGUUUGGUUUGCCCGAUCAGUCCCCGUGCUUCCCUCCCGACGACUUUGUUCAGAACCAGCUGUUUGUGGACGCGU